CUCCGGAGGGCACUAUAUAAACCCCCCCUCCCCUCUCCCUCCGUCGCUUUCUUCCUCCCUCCACUACUCAACAACCUGGCUGUCUCAACAACUUCUACAUUGCCUUCUCUUCUUCAAUACCUUCCAAGUCUUACAUCCAACCUCAUACCACAUAUCAAUUGCCUACCUUCCUACCUUCCUGCCUCCAACAUCAUGGCACGCCUGCCUCCAUGUCAUACACAUACUUGUGUCAUGUCUUGACCACAUGUCAACAUCAAAACAUGCUUCAUGUCAAUUGUCUCGCUUCAAGACCAAGUGGCUUGCCGCUAGUUCCUUGAUGUGUCUCAUUCGUGACAUUUGCAUUGCGGCGCUCCGAGCUCAUGCUGGGUCGGCCGUGUGGAAUUUGAGCGCCUUCUUUGUAGUGUGUGGCCUACCAAUCCAGCUUUGCUGUUUUGGCUGUGUGGAACUUGAACGCCUACUUGGAAGUGUGUGGCCUACCGACCUUCAGCCUCUCAGCAAAGACCCUUCCUUGUAUCUCCCUCCGAUAGAUUCAUGUCCAGGUCUAGUACAAGUCCACUUUGGUUCUUGUUCUCUUUCGCGUUGGGUCGGGGUCACUCAUUGAGCACAGCUGCCUCGGUCUACCAUCUUCUGCUCCAACAAACAAUUUGCAUCGACAACUUCAAACAUCCUUCGGCUUUCUUCACUGUCGCCGCUUCCUGUCACAUUGCACAUCCUUCCAACAAACAAUCAUCGAGCCUUCUCACAACGCGCACGCCUUGCAGCCUCCCCGACCCAACGCUCCCGACUCAAUGUCAGCUUUCGACAAAAAUACAGGGCGAACACCCUGGGCACCGGCGAGGGUUUCUCAAUCAUACCCUCGGGCGUUCCUCAUCUACGGAUGAGUGCUUCGCUGGCUCGAUCGGCAAGAACAUCAUGGAAACAUUUGGUACAGGGCAUGGUUCGAGGCCAUGGGGUCCCUUGGUGCUUGGAACAAAGGAUCUUGGUGUUGAGUGUUGGUGUUGAGGUUCAUGUCAUCUUAUGGGUCAAGCUUCUUGGUGUUGUCGUGGUGGAUACUUCUUCUCAACAUACAUGUAUGAACAUCCUUCUACUUCAUCAUGUAUUUUCAAGUCAAUCAAUCAAUCAAUCAACCUUCCUCUUACUCUGAUGUUCUUCUCUUGUUGUUCUACCCUUGUGUGAUGUUGUUCAAACCUUGGUGUCGCUAUGAAGUCUUUCUCUCUUCACUCAAGUAGUAGUAUGCCUCCAUGUGUCCCUGCCAUGUCUUGUGAGUAUGUCUACCUACCCCGCUAUUUGGUGUUUCUCUCUUGCGCGCCUCGCUACCUGUCAUUCUCCGCGCGCCGCAUGUUGUUGCUUUUGUUGUUGUAGCGCCGCACCGCCCACGUCUUCGCCGUAGCAUGCGCUGAGUCGCCCGCGCAUUCACUCUUUUUUACCAUGUCCCGCCAUCCUACCCGCAAUGUUCAACCUUACGGCAGGUGAAUGUCACACCACACCACAACCCGAAAAUAUCUCUGCGAUGGGUUUUCGCUUUCCUCAGGUAGAUGCGCAAGUGUUUAUACUAUCCUGGGCUAUAUUUUUAUUUACUCCGCGCACACGGCCCUCCCACAGCCGUGGCUCCCUGGCCGUUCUAAUCCACGCUGCC